AGCUUUAUCCUCCUUUCCAGAACCGACGUCGGUCCGCCUCUCUUUCCCUGCAGGGACCCUUCCUCAACAAUGCGCCUCUGCUUCAGACACGGCUGCCGACAGCUCUCCCCUCCACCGGCUGAUGAACUGCCUGAAGGAAAUCCCCAUACGACGGCCAAGUUAUCUCAACACGCCGAACGCCUUCUCCUCUUCCUCUUCCUCCUCCUCCUCCAGCUGCAGUGAAACCGAAAGGGACCAACAGAGCCCAGGAAAUUCAGCCUGGUGGGACAGUGGCCUGGGUCGGCAUCAGCCACCAGGAUCUGAGAGGGAUGUCCUCGUGGGACCAAAAGUGACGAUGGAGCCCAAGAGGGAACAUCUGUCCACCCAAUUUCCUGCAGAAGAGGAAGAGAAGUUGGCCUCCGCACAAGAGGCCGACGUUGCGGACAGCGUUGACGAAGCACCUUCUGCCUCUCUCCUUGGCAACCCGGAGAAUGACGCAAAGGAUACGGGGGUCAAGCAGAUGUUUCCCUCCAUCACCCCGCUACAACGCUCCGGAACUCAGCGAGCUGUGACGUCCAGAGCCUCCGAAGCAAGAGAAGAUGUACCACCUUCCGCACCUCUCGUCAACAAGAUCUUCACCCACGAGCUGAAGAAGGACCCAAGGGACACAACGUCAGCCCGGACCCCGAGGUGUUCCAGCCCCAUGGGCCCCGGUUCCCGGGAUGGGAUGUCUCAAGGAGACACGGACUGGAGUCCGGGGGAAGAGCAGGUCCAGCCACUGCCUGGUGACCAAGGGCUGACCGGCAGCAGGCCUCUCCAGGGCCUGCUCAGCUGCCUGGAGGAGCUUGCCUACCCAAGCACCCCCAGGCCCUGCCCCUCCUUGGCCAGGAAGAGGCCCCGACAACCGCAGCACAACCAGGAGGAGGAGGAGGAAGAGCAAGCAGCCCAUUGCAAAAAGAAAUCCUGGCAAGGUGCUGUCUCUUCCAGUGCCCCCACUUGUGACGAGGGGACAUCGGGGCCCCAGCAGAACGGCCAUUCCUGCCCACGGAACAGCUGGUCCUCUGCACAUAUGCAGAGUGACCCUCCCAGGUGGAACCCCCCGGCCUCGUUUCGGAUGGGAGCCCGAAGAGCUUCUGCAACGGCCAGGGACAAAGGAAGACUUCCGGCCUUGGAUGCAGGACCAGAGGCGAAGAACAGCCGCUCCGCGGCUCCGGGACUCUGCAGCUGCUCCCACGGAGCCGAGUCGGGAGCCGUGCAGCCCCUCGUCUCCAAACAGCUGGGCCGCCUGGCCGCCGACGUGAGCAGCCUUUGCCGGGACCUCUCCGGCCUGCAGAGCCACGUCUUGCAGCUGGAGCAGGACGCUCGCUGCUGGGCGCUGGAGCUGGCCGCGCUGCACCUGGAGAACCACCGCCUGGACAAGUACGCCCGGCGCCUGGAGAACCGUUGCCGCGCCUUGGAAAGCCGCUCCCGCCGUGCCAACCUACGCCUUCUGGGCUUGCCGGAGGGGGCCGAAGGGGGCGACCCGGCCGCUUUCCUCCGACGCGCCCUGCCGGAGUUGCUGGGCUGGCGCCCGGGAGCGCCGGUCUUGGAGAUCGAGAGCGCCCGCCGGAUCCGAAGCUGGGACUCGUCCGGCAAGCCGCGCCCGCUGCUCUUCCGCGUCUCCCGCUCCGCCGACCGAGCGGCCGUGCUGGAAGCGGCGCGCAGCCGGCCGCUGCGCUUCGCCGAGGCGCAGCUUGCCAUCUUGCCCGAUCUUGGCGCCCCACGGCGGAGACCGCCGCCCGCCCCCUUCCGGAGGAGCCGGUGGGUGGCCGACCUGCUUUUCGGGGGGCGGCCCAUCCCCCCUUGCACCCCCCUGGUGGCCGUGGGGAAUCCGGGGUUGCCCCCCUCGCCGGGGUCUCGUGGGGGCUGCGAGCAACACAAUCUGUGAGACAUUGCCGGGGGGUGGGGCGGGGGAGACGGUCCGGGAAAGCGACUUGGGACGACGGUCGACCAAAACCGACUUUCCCAAGCGUGGGAAAGCAUUGACUCUCUCCUCCUUGCCGUCCAGCGAAGGUGGGUGGGCUAAGCCACCGUCCUGCUACUUUUGCAUGGCUUCUCUGCAAAGGGGGGGGGGGUUUAACAAUUAGGGGAAAGGGGGGAAACGGUUGUGUCCCGUCCCUACUUCUCACCCGCUCCCCUGCUGCUGCUGUGUAGGCAUUGCACAAGAGAGGGGUGUUGGCCUGGGUCUCCAACGGGUGCCCCCCCCAGACCCUUUCCAAGUGACCAGAUCUGGGGUGCAGGAGGUGGGGGGCCAAAGUCUCCAUGAAGCAGAGUUUGGCAAUCGUGAUGGUUUUAAGAGGGGAGCAACUCCCAGAAUCCCCCAGCCGGCCUGCUUUAAGAGGGGAGGGCUUCCACUCCCAGAAUCCCCCAGCCGGCCUGCUUUAAGAGGGGAGGGCUUCC